AUGAAGCUCAAGCAACAUGAACAAAAGAAGCAAUUGUCUAAAGUUUUAGAUAUUUUUACGAAAUUGCAAAUUAACAUUCCUUUUGCAGAAGCUGUGGAGAAAAUGCCUUCAUAUGCCAAGUUUUUGAUGGAGACAAUAUCUAAGAAGUGGAAGCUCACAGAGGAUGAACCUGUUACACUAACAGAGGAGUGCAAUGCAAUCAUACAGAUAAACUUGCCUCCAAAGUUGAAGGAUCCAGGGAGCUUCAGUAUUCCAUGCACCAUCGGCAAGAUGACUAUAGAGAAAGUCUUAUACGAUCUUGGUGCCAGCAUAAAUGUGAUGUCCCUAACUCGGAUGAAGAAGCUGGGAAUUGAUGAAGUGAAGCCAACUAGGAUGAAUGUUCAACUGGUCGACCAUGUUAGUGUGCCUAUGAUCUUCGGAAGGCCAUUCGUAGCAACCUCAGGAGCGCUGAUCGAUGUACCUAAGGGUGAGUUGAUAAUGCGCGUGGAUGGAGAACGAACAACAUUCAAGGUACUUACUAAUGAAGCUCUAUUUCCUGCAUCUCAACCUAAAAAUCAAGUUAAUUACAUUGAGAAGAAAAAGAUUGAGGAAAGGAACAAGAAGGAAGUCCAUCAGCGACAUUAA